AUGGAUUAUAAUAAUAUAAAAUAUUACAUCUUUAUAAUUUUAUCACUAUCAUUAAUAAUAUCAAUAUCAUUUGGUAAAUCGAUACAUACCAAUAAUAUUAAUAAUAACAAUAUAAUAUUUUUUGUUAAUAAUAAUAAUAAUAAUAAUAUUUACGAUAAUAAACAAAAUAACAAUAUUAAAUGCGGAAAUAAUAUUGAAAACUAUUGUUCAACUAUAAACAAUGCCAUAGAAUCAUUUUUAAAUGAUUUCAAUAAAAAUGAUUACUCAUUAACCAUAUUGUUAAUGAAUGAUAUUUAUUAUUUAAAUAAUAACAAAAAUAAUCAUAAUAUAUAUGGGAUGGAUAUAACAAUCAAACCAUACAACAACAACAACACAAUAAAAAUAAUAAAAGAUGACAACAAUAAUGAUAAUGAUAAUGAUAGUUUUUUAAUAAUAAAUGAUAACUAUAAUUAUAAAAAAGAAAUCAUAACAACUUUAAAACUAGUUAAUUUAAAUUUUAUUAAAUUAAAUUCAAAAACCUUAAUAAAUCAUCAACCUUCUAAUAAUAAUAAUAAUAAUAACGAAAAUAACAAUAAUAUAAAUAUAAAUUUAUUAAAUAUUACUAUUGAAAAUUCCAAAGAUAUUACAAUUUUAAAUAAUAAACAAUCAAAUAUUUUUAUAGAGAAUUUAAAAUAUAUAAAUAAUGAAAAUAUUAAUAAUUUUAGUGGUAUUAAUAGCUUUUCAAAUAAUAUUUUAAUUCAAGAUUUAACUAUUGAAAACUGCAAGUUUAAUAAGGAAUCGUCAUUUUUAAAAGAUUCAAAUUCAACAAUAGUAUUAAAUAAUUUAAAAUCAAUCAAUAAUAAUUUAAAUGAUAACUCUAUAAUAUUAAAAUUAAAUUCAAAAUUUACCAAAAUAUAUAAUAGCCAGUUUAUAAAUAACCAUAAUCUAAAUAAUAGUAAUAUCAGCAGUUGCAUUGACUCUUCAAAUUUUAUUUUGCACAUAUCAAACUGUAAUUUUAUUAAUAACUCUGCAGAAUCAUCCGUUGGUGGGGUAUUACGUUUAAAUCAAAAUAUUGAAAAUGAUCAAAUAUCAAAAUCAACUACAGUCAUCUCAAACUGCUAUUUUGAUAAUAACAAGGCAUCCAGAUGUGCCUCCAUAUUUUCCAAUACUAAAUUAGAAAUUAACAACUCCACAUUCACCAAUGACCAUUCAGACAAUGAUACAGGUAUUUCAAUAUGCCAAGAGGAUAGCAAUGACUUAACACUCUCUGAAUCAAUCAUAUCAUAUAAUCAAAACACAGAUAAAAUAAAACCAAUAGUUAGCUUCACAUCUAUAAACAAUUUAAUAAUUACAAAUAGUAAAAUAAAUAUUAAAUUAAAUAAUAAUAAUAAUAAUAAUAACAAUAAUAAUAAUAUUGAUAUUAAUAAAAUUAUUCAUUGUCCAAUUGGUAAUAUUACAUUUCAGAAUUCAGAAUUAGUUAUCGAAUCAACUAAUAAUAACAAUAUCAAUAAAUAUAUUGAAUGCAAUACAUCAAAUUGUAAUGACCUAUCAUUGAAGGAUGGAAGCAGCUUUUAUGACAGCAGCAGCUCUAGUACUAGUAGUAGCAGCGAAAGACAAUUUGUAAAAUCUUUAGAAAUUUUUAUUAUAUGUGUCGGGUUAAUUAUCAGUUUUGCAAUGAUUGUAUCAGCAAUAUACUAUAUAAACAAGUGUUAUUUGAAGUUUAAUGGUAUUGACUAUUACGAUUAUGAAAUCAUUCCAUAA